CACACACGCUCGCACCGAGUAUGCAAGAUGGCGACGAGUGUUUUCAGAUUGAAUAGGUGCGGUUCCUACGUUUGAGUGUUUUGUUGAUCGCCGCACCGGUGCGAUUCUGUCUCAAGCCGUGCCUGCGGAAAUCGCAGCUCGACGAGAUUCGAGGUGCUCGAACGGCCGAAUCGUCGUGAUCUCCGAGGGCUCGAUUUUCCUCCGACGAUCCGCCGUGUCGCACCUUGAAACGCGUGUCAGCUGUCAGAUGUUUGUAUACGCGCGGUCGCGUGCGACGAGUUGCACAUUCACGAACGGCACGUAAUAAAGAGACGGUGGCUGCGUCGAUUCAAUGAGACGCGAGCGAAUUUUCCUUGUCGAACAGAGAGCGAGAAUUCUGUACGGACAUGGAGAGUUUGGAGGCAUUGGGAUGGUAUUUGUCUGAUCAUGGUUAUAAUAUAGCAACCGAUUCGGGUAACGUGACGGAUAUGCAGAAGAUAGUAAAACGACUGUUAGACCUCGACUUGAGAGAGAUUGGCAGUGGAAAUGGAGAUAUCAGUCAGGGUAAUAUUGUGCUACAAAUACAAAAAAUACGUAACGUAUCUGCACCCAAAGGAAAUGAGGAAUCGAAGGCAGCCCCUCGAAUGUUAAAAUUAUCGUUGACAGAUGGAAAAAAUAAUUUUCAAGCCUUAGAAGUUGAACAUAUAUCGACUUUAAGUUUAAAUACGCCACCUGGUACAAAGAUAUUAAUAAAGUCAGGAACUUUACCUGUGUCGCACGGUCUUCUUUUAUUGAGACCAUCUCAUUUAGUUUCUGUACUUGGAGGAAAAGUUGCCAAUUUAGUGGAAAAGUGGGAAUUAAAUAAGAAAUUGGCUUCACACACUCGAGUAAGAUCUGCUGAAGAAGGUGGACCACCACCAUGGAUUCCAUUUGGUAAAAAAAUAAUAAAAGUUUCAGAACAAGAUAAGAACUUCAAAGCUUUAGUGGAAAAAGAAAAGUCUAAUAAGGAGAAUACAGAAUUCGAGGCUCAACGUAAGGAUGCAAUAGCAGAAGCUGCCAAGCAGGGCAGUAAGAAAGUAUUUGGCGGUGGAAAUAAACAGUUAUUAGAUCACAGCGUACAAAAAAUUGUAGACCAUGGAUUUACCAUAGAGCAAGCGGAAUAUGCUUUGAGAGUUAACAGAAAUAAUGUAGAUAAAGCUCUGAGAAGCCUGCAAAGGACCGAUAGCAAACACAAUAACACUAAAGAAUCUCGAGAACCGCGAGAACCACGUGGUAAACGAGAGAAGAAAACCGAGGAGAGUAAACCUAGUAGCGGAAAAAUAUCCCUAUUCGAUUUUCUCGAAGAUAAACUACCUGUGCAACCAGAAAGCGUCGAAACAACCAAUUCGUCGCAAAACAACUACGUGCAAAAUAAUGAAAGCAAUCAAGAUCGUUUCGAAUCGAGAGGUACCGAUACACAAAGUGGAAGAGGUGGACGAAAUCAAAAAGGUGGCCGUAGUUAUCAACCUCCUCCGAGAUAUUCAGAGGAACAUAAAAAUAGUAAACGAACGAACAACAGUAAUUCCAACAUGUACUCGCAAUAUAAUGGCGCUAGUCACGCACAGCAGAACAAACCACCACGGUUUCAACGUAACCAGGAACCUCAGUAUCAGUAUCAGCACGAUGGCGGCAGAGAAGCGUAUCAGAAAUCUUCUCAGCCGAAUGAUUACAGAAAUACGUUUGCUCAGUCGCGUGUUAGUAAUGCAAAUGCCAGCGAUAGUGGUAAUGAUAACUAUAACAAGAUUCAAACUGAGUUACAAGGAAAGAAUCUCGGUAGCAACAGAAAUUAUAAUCACCUCGAGUCCGAGGCGAGAAAUAGGCAUUCUUAUGAUGCUUCUUAUAAUAGGCAUAAUCGAGUGCAACAAAACGGAACCCCUAAAGUAUAUUCAUCUAAUGCAAAUGAACAAAAUUUUAAGAAUCAACCUAGAUAUCAGUCAAAUAGUAACAUUGGGAAUAAGAUGUCCAUGAAUUUCAAUAUACAUAAAAGUGAAAAUAAUUACAGUAGUCACAACGUCAACAAUACGUGGGUAUGGCGAGUAGGUGACAAAUGUAUGGCUAAGUACUGGGAGGAUAAUAGGUAUUACAAUGCCGAAGUCACUGGGGUAUCUGAGAGGACUUGCGUAGUGCAAUUUAAGGGAUUUGAAAACUAUGAGGAAGUGCUCCAGGUGGAUUGUAUACCAAUAACAGAUGACUUUCAGAUUCAGGAUCAGGUUUCGGAUACAAGGCGGCAGGAUCAGCGUUUUAACAAUCGACAGCCGCGUUACGAUCAGAGUCACAAUCACAUAAAUGCAGGCAUGGAAUUUCGACGAGGUGGAAGCGGUGCCGUUGGUGGGAAUAAGGGAUACAAUAAAAAACGAAAUCAACAACGGAGCACGCAACCGAUUUAUCAACCGCCAGCGCAAAGAGGCCACAAUUCUCUGCCAGUUAAUAAUCAAAAUAAUAUUCAACAUAAUUCUUUUCUUUAAUGUAAUUCUAGUCUCUUUAGUAAAAGAAGGAAAUUCAGAUCGUGCUAAAUAUUAAGGCAAUUACAAUACAAGGCAAUUCGCUAUUGAGGAUUAAUCUAACAGGUUGCCACACUAAUCCGGAGAGUUUAGAUACCGUUGAUAUUAAUAGGCAGCGAGUUGUGUGCCAGUUUUUAUUUAUGAAAUGCGCAACGACUCGAUAAAAAGCAAGUUGGUUUUUCACGAAAGGAAAGAAUUAGGGAACUCUUAUUGUAAAAUAUCGACUGUGUUCUUGAAAUAUUAUACUAUUUGUAUUGUAGAAAAAUUGGUUCUUACUACUGCAGAGCAGGGCAAUAUCUGUACCUCGUCCACUUUAGCUAUAUAAUACAGUUAUAAUGAAAUCCUU